AUGGAUAGAUUUAAGAUUAUAUUUGAGGCAGGUCAAUAUAGAGAGACUCUCAAGAUUUUAGAACGAGAUUCCGAUGCUCUUAUGCACGGGGCUAUUAUUCACUGCCGCCAGUUUUUUGUUUUGCUACGUCAAUUAGACUCCGCUAGAAGGGAAAAAUGCCUGAAUGAAGCGAGGAAUGCCGGGUCGGACGCUCCGCUGUUCGACUUUCGGAGCUUGGAUGAUCCACAAUAUAGAACAAACGAUCUAUCUCGCGGGGCAUCAUUGCACCAAGAUGCCGUUAUCGCGGAUAGCAAUAGCUUCCAGAUCGCCAACCCAGGAAUACAGGAGCCGGAAGAGUUAGGCGAGAUAAGUAUGGAUAUGACCUCAGGCUGUGACACAAUCGAUCCAUGUUUAUUGCAGCGAAUGGGUGAUUGGGAUGACAUGUUAGACGAUGGCUGGCUGGCUAGCUAUGACUCUAGCGGCCUCCCUCUUGAUCCUUUAACCUCUGGCGCCGAGAACAAUUUGGGUCUAACAGCUAUCAUGGAUGAUCCUGCAGCACCUCUGGAGAGCUUUAUCGAGCAACUACCUGUCCCUGUCGACGUCGAAAAUUUAUUAGGAAAAGAUCUGGGUCGGAACCAAGCGGAUGACGGCAGUAACCAAUUCAUGGGUCUUCCUACUCCUCCAUCUGACUCUCCUUCACCAGCUGCGCAAUCUCAGGAUGAAACCGGUCAUCGUAGGAAGUCGAAGAAACAACGAGUCACAAAGUCUAGGUCAGCAAAUAGCAAAAGGAGUUCUCCAUCCCAGACAUCACUCGCGUCGGACGAUCAAGUAUUGCAAGGAUUGGCCCGUUCUCCAUUAGCCACUGUCGAGCAUGUCACGCGAAAUCCUACUCCAGAAACCGAUGAUGACAUACAAAUGAAUCUCCCUAUUCCUAGUCAUACUGUAAGUCGAUCCCCUACGAUGGAAAUGGCACUUGCCGAGAUAUCUAGCGACAAUUUGGAAACUGCACGACAAAGAUGUGAACCUUUUUUACACGACAAUCUGGUAUAUUUCUUGGAAGAAACCUGUCAAGGAUUUUGGGACCGUCCCGCGGUUACACUUGACCUUUCACAUGAGUCGAUUAGAGGGGAGGCACAUGCAAAAGUAUUUCGAUACGUUAACGAUAUCGAGAAACCAGACAAUAAGAAAUCUGUGAGAAUCCGUUUUGGACAGGUGCUACUUUAUCUCCUUUAUAUCAAAGAACUUCAUGAAACCAUCAAGAGAAGGGAGCUAGGGGUCGGAAAGGGUGGUAAGACCAAGACUGAAGCUAUCGAUAAUAUCAUUCAAGGAAUAUAUGCAGCAAGGUUGGCUAAGGAUGAGACUGAAAAAAGCAUACGAGACAGUUUUCAUGUGCAUAAACGUAUUGGUGAGCGCUGGUGGUGGCUUACCUGCUUUACGGGGUUGGGCAUUCUCUUAGGCUGUGGUAGCAAAUUUGGGUCAAUGGUGAAGAACCAUAAUUUCCCCAUUGACGCUAUCGUGGUAUGUCUUUUGCAUUAUCGGGCCGGCGACCUGGAUCUUUGCCACCGAUUUGACGACGCGGCCAAGAGUCUCUUAACUAGAGGGACCCUUCCUGCAGAUUUUCAUAGACAAGAGGUCCAAUCUUGGAUUGAUCAGCCAACAGAGAUAGCUGGGGCUACUGUGGAUGUUUCUCACUGGAGCAAAUUUGACCACGAUCUAGCGGAAGAGAAGGCGCAAAACUUUCUCAACCAAUUAAAAGAAGAUUGCUGCAACCUACCAAUGUGGUGUGUAUGA